AAAUCGUAAAAAUGAAUAGUUACCAAAAACUGGAAAAAAUUGGUGAGGGAUCCUAUGGAAUAGUGUAUAGAGGCAAGAACUUAUUAACCGGACAAAUGGUUGCAAUGAAGAAAAUCAAAGUUAAAGCAAACGACGAAGGGGUCCCAGCUACUGCAAUAAGGGAAAUAUCUUUGCUACAGAAGCUAAAACAUCCACAUAUUGUUUGUUUAGAAGAUAUCCUAAUGGAAGCCGAUCAAUUAUAUUUAGUAUUUGAGUAUAUGUUAAUGAAUUUGAAGCAGUACAUGAAUUGCAAAGCUCCUAAAAAGUAUAUUAAUGAUAAACUGUUGCGUAGCUAUUUACAUCAGAUCACCGAUGCAGUUUAUUACUGUCAUUGCCGUCGUAUCGUACAUCGCGAUUUAAAGCCACAAAAUUUAUUAGUUGAUGAAAAAGGAACUAUAAAGUUAGCAGAUUUUGGCUCAGGAAGAUGUGUUGGUGUUCCAGUUCGCGCGUAUACCAAUAAAAUUGUGACUUUGUGGUACAGAGCUCCAGAAAUCUUGUUAGGAUCUCCUCGUUACACUUUUGCAGUUGAUAUAUGGUCAAUUGGCUGCAUUUUUGUGGAAAUGGCAACCGGUGAACCACUUAUUAAUGGAGAUUCUGAAAUUGAUCAACUUUUCCGCAUGUUCAAAACUUUGGAAACUCCAACUGAAAUUAUGUGGCCUGGAGUGAGUUCCCUACCAAAUUAUAAAGCUUCAUUUGCUAUGUGGUCGUCAUAUACAUUACCUGCAAAGUUAAAAAAUGUGAAUGAACUUGGCUGUGAUUUAAUAAAGAAAAUGCUUAUUUAUGACCCGAGCCAACGUAUUUCGGCGAAAGAUAUAUUGAAGCACCCAUAUUUUAAUGGUGGUGAUGUAACAAUGGCUGCGUAAAACACUAAUUAA